CAUAGCUGAUGUAAUCUCUGCCCAACAUUGUUAUACCUUGAAGCCCAUCUAAAGCCCCUUAGAAACCCUAGUCUUCUUCGUCCUUUCGUCGUUCACGUUCGCUUUACCUUUGAACUGGUACACCUUCAAUUCCUGCAAAAGUCCACGUCUUUCUAGAAAUAAAAAAGUUAUGGCAAUGAACCAUGCCAGAACAUUGAAGACCACUAUAACAGGUAAGAAGGCAAUUGGCUUGGUGUUCCAGCGAACAUUUGCCGCCGGAGGUGGUAAAGCAAAGAAGGGUUCUAAAGGUGGAGCUGCCGGUGAUGCACCUAAAGCAUCAAUUCUUAGCAAAGAAGUGAAGUCUACAACAGUGGUUGGUGCAAAUAUCCUCAAAGAAGGAGCGGAUCCCAAGAUCUUGGCAGAUUCUGAAUACCCUGAUUGGCUAGGGCAUCUGCUCGAUAAACGCCCUCCAUUGAGUGAGUUAAGGAGGAAGAACAUUGAAACCCUUCCAUAUGAAGAUCUAAAACGGUUUGUUAAGCUGGACAACCGAGCUAGGAUUAAAGAAAACAACUCCGUCAAGGCCAAGAACUGAUUUUUUUUUUCUUUUUCCUUGUUUCAGAAAGGCCAAGAUAAUUGAACUGUUACAAGUUUAUUAUUGAUAAUACAUUUUUGUUCUCAAUUGGCGUGUCUGAAUUGUAUUCAACAACUUGAUCAAAGGGAUAAUAAAGCAUAUACAUGUAUA